UUUUACCGUCAGUCGCCGCGUAGAAUCUUUUCCAAAGUGUUGCUGUUUGAAUUCCUCCUCUCUCGAAAUCGGUUCGUUUUCAUUUGGAUUACUUUUUUUUUGUCCUGUCACAGUGCAGUGGUGUUUGUCGCGGGACACCAUCAUCAAAUAUUAACCUAUUAUUCGGAACGAUAUCAUCUGACUGUGAAGUGCAAUCCCAGCUUUCCUAGAUAGAGGAGCUUAGCAAUCGUUCAUCGGCUUAGAAACAAAAUGAAAACGCUACUGAAGUGUGUGCUCCUCCUGGUGGCCGGAUUUGUCCUGUGCACUGCUCAAAAUGAUAAACCAGCAGUUAUCCCACCGGACACAACAACAUCGACAGAAGCGCCCACGACCAGCACCACAAACUCAACAACAUCAAAGCCCACAACUACGACUACCACUACAACAACAACUACUACUACCACCCCAAAACCAACAACGACGACGAGCGCUCCGGUGACCACCACCGCAGCUCCGACUCCGAGCACCACCCCAGCUCCGAAACCGGAACCGGAAGUUGGCACCUGGACCUACGAAAACAAAACCACUAACCAAACCUGCAUAUUGGUUCAAAUGGCGUUGCAGCUUAACGUAACCUACCUUGAUGUUGACAACAAAACCGCCCACGCUUUGUACAACAUUCCAAAGUCCGCUAACGUGUACAACGGAUCCUGCGACAAGGAGGAUCAGUUCAUCGAGCUGGCCUGGGGACAACCGGCCGACAAAGAGAGCCACCUGACGGCCAAGUUCCACCUGAACACCACCGAGCAUGAGUUUUCGCUGGCCGGGCUCCGGUUUGCUCUGGUCAUCUCCGGCGAUCAGUUCCCAAAUGCUCAAGUUAACCAAACCGUUAUCCUCGAAAAUGCCCAAGCCCUUUUCAAGACACCGAUGGACAUGUCCUACCACUGCAACCGGCCCCAGUCACUGAAUCUGACCACCAAGGCUGGCCAGAAUUCGACCGUCACCGUGACCAAGCUGCAGUUCGAAGCGUUCCACAACAAACACAACAACAAGUUCUCGAUCGCCAAGGAUUGCGACGCCAUCGACACACCGGACAUCGUGCCGAUUGCCGUCGGAUGUGCGCUGAUUCUGUUGAUUGUGAUCGUGCUGAUUGCAUACCUGGCUGGACGCCGCAGCACCCGAUCCCGAGGAUAUGUCAGUAUGUAAAGUGGCCUCCCUGGGCCAAAAAAUAGAAUGAGGAGGAGAGGUGCCAUUGGCAAACUUUCAUUUUCGCUUCCACUGAAAAUGGAGCAUUUUUCAGUAAGUGUAGCAGAUCUUUGUCGGAAUAGAUCAAAAUUUCAAACAAAAAACCAUCCACAAGAGAGAAUACAAAGCAAAACGUUAAACGAAAAUUGGAUUGCAUCCAGGACUGAUAUGUGGCCAGAAGAACUGGUACAAAAAAAAACGGUGCGCCUGAUGAUCGAAAAAUAAGAGAGUACCAAAAAUACUUUACUUUCCAUGUGAUGAUAACUUUCUCGUUAUUAAAAACUUCACGUUUUUUGUCUUUUUCCAAUUUAUUGAAUCUUUCCCAGCCGUUCGAUUUCUAACUUUUUUCAAAACCUUCAAUAACCGGUUUAUCUUAAAAAAACAUUUUUUGUUGAGAAAGCUAGUGUUUGAGCUUUCAAAUACAUCAACAAUUCCGAAUACGAGGAAUCAUUGCAGACUAGAGUUAAAUAUAUUGAAAAUAGCUAACAACUAAAAAAAAUGAUAUGAAUCACAAACAGGAAAAACGCAGAGAAAUAUUUCGUGAAGGUUGAGGGAAAAUAAUUAGAGAAUCCAAAAAAAAGAGGAAAGAGAGAAUCGGUUUAAAAUGAUACCUUAUAGUCGUAUAGAUUAAUUUUUAUUCAUCAAUAAAAAAACACAGUUGAUUGGUAAAAUAAAA